GCGGUUGCAAGCGUCGGUUAUAAGGGAACAAAAGCGUAAUCCAGUGGAGUAUAUAUAUAGAUCUAUAUAGUAUAUAUCGUCAUGCAUAGACUAUUGCUUUCGCUGUUGCUGUUGGGAGUAGAAUGUGUGUUAGGAUUACCCGUCUAUGAUGACAACAAUAACCUCAAUGUCAGCGCCAGUUGCCCAGAUUCUACCUGCAGCCUAUCGCAACUUUCGAGCACCUUUGUGCAGCCACUGCGAUUCACAGACAACAAAGCGUUGCAGCUGGAGGAGCUGCUGCUAAGCGACUGUCAGCUACGAGCUCUGCCCGUGGAGCUGCUGCGGCAGACGCCCAAUCUUCGAGUGUUGAUGAUGCUGAACAGCAGUGUAUACCAUGUGAACAAAGAUGAUUUUCAACCAGUCAAGCAGUUAAAACAAUUGCAAUUGCAACGCAAUCACAUCUCGCAACUAAAGAACCAACAGUUUGUGCUGCUGGAGCAGCUGGAGGUGUUGCAACUGGGCUACAACAAUAUUCUAGUGGUUCGCGGACAGGCUUUUACGGGUCUCACCCAGCUUCGACUGUUGGGCCUGCAGAGCAAUGGCAUCACGGAGCUGGCAGACGAUGCAUUUGAUCCACUGCCCCAACUACUGCAUCUCGAUCUCAGCGACAAUGAGAUAACGUACAUUCAUCCACGAAUCUUUGAGCACAACACUAAACUGCAGACGCUGCUGCUCAAUGGCAACCACUUUGUUCAAUUCGAGUCGAGCACGUUGUUGCCAUUGAAAACUCUACGAUUACUCGAUCUGAGCAACUGUCAGGUGGAGGAGUUGCAGCUCGAGAGCGUUCAAAGAGUGCGCAUCGAGAGCAGCCGCUUGCAGCGCUUAAUCAUCUACGGCGGCGUUAUCAAUUUACAGGCCGGCCACAAUGAGCUGACGAAGCUUUACAUUGGCGAUAAGAGUGCCGUCAUCGAGCUCGACCUGCAGCACAAUCUGCUGGAUGGCAAUGCCACUUCCACGCUGCUCGACGGCAUGUGGAAUCUGCAACGUCUCGAUCUCUCUAAAAACAACAUUGACUCACUCUCGCCCGCAAACAACUCUCUGCGUCUGCUGCUGCCCAGUCUCACACAACUGAAUCUCGCCUACAAUCAGUUGGAGGAACUAUCAUCAAUGCUGCCCUAUCGCCUGACUAAACUGGACAUAUCCUACAAUCAUCUAAUCUCAGUGACGGCCGCCAACUUUGCAACUCUUCCAAAUUUACAGCAACUCAAUGUACAGGAUGUUCGACUGACAGACUUCGACUACAAGUUGUUUCAUCAACAGCAUCCAAAGUUCCAGGAGCUUGGAGUGUGCGACAGUGACUACAGAUUCAUGCACAUACUAGCCACAUUUUUCACCGAUCGUGGCAUCCAUCUGCCGGUGCCGUGCAAUCAUCACAAACCGAGCAGUGAACAGAUCACAAGGGAGCCACAAUUGCAGCCGGCGACUGAGGCACAGUGUGGUCCUAUAGCUGGCGUCAGUGGCAUUCAUCCAUAUUGGACGACCCGGGACGUUUUAGCGUUUGUAACGCUUGUGGUGGUAUUUGUCAUACUACUGAUUCAGCUAUAUCACAUUCUGGAAGAGGAGGGUUGUGUGCGUCGCAUGCGGCAGCGGCUGCGGGGCAGGCCGCAAAUGGUCAAUGGCACUCACAGCAACAGACGCCUCAAUGAGGAGGACUCAGAAACAUCGAGUGCAUAGCUGUGAGAGCAUUCAGCCACAGACAUAAACUUAAACGCACAAACUAUUGGCUAGCACAAGGUAAAUCAAAUAGAAACUUGCAAAGAUUAUUGUGAUUCAUUGAUUAAAUAAAAUAUAUUAAACACGCAAAUUAAAUCUAAUACUUAUUU